CGAAGCCGCCGGCGGGGUUGCAGCGGAUCACUAGAACGGGACAGUUAUCAGCGGAACGGUGCUGUGUGUUGGGUUUUUUUCUGCCACCGGGCGUAUCGUGAGCCGGCGCCAUCUUGACGUCCACGGUGCCGGCGGGAUACCGGAUGUAGGCGCAGCGUCUGACUGGACAGGGUUCCCGUGCGCCCGACAGUCAUUCUGGAGUCGGUCUAGCGACGAAGCAGUCGCUUACGCGUGCCUCCAAACAGUCCACAGUCCGUGCCGCGCCGUUUUGGGUGUCGGUGUCUCUGAGUACUAGUGCGAGAGUGCGCCGCUCAAGAAGUCCUGCAAUCAACGUGCAAUCGCUCCGGAUCCGCGCGAUGCAGGCGAAGAAGCAACCCCUACUGGAUUACCGACUGGCCACCGUGCUGUACACGUUCAUCGCUGCCCUCAGUUAUGUGGCGUGUGGAGCGAUGGUGGGCUGGAGCAGUGGUGCGCUGCACCGGGGGCGGUCGGGACCACAGCUGGACAACUGGACGAUCUCGCUGAUCGCGACGCCGGCCGCCGUGCUCGCCGUCACCGCGUGCUUCGUCCACCGGUGGUACCUGUGGAUCGGCACCAAGAGCUUCCUGCUGGCGGCGUCCCUGCUGGCCGUCGGUUCCGCCGCCCUCGAGGCGCUCGCCCCCUCCUCCGGCGCCUUCUGGUGCGCCAGUGUGUCCCGUGUCCUGGCCGGCGUCGGGGCCGGCAUCGCGUUCACCCUCGUACCCUCGUACGUGGCCGAGCUUGGUGCCGCGACCCCUUGGCGCUCCCCGUGGCGUUCGCUCGUAGACGAACUAGUGGCGGCCGCCUUUCCCCUCGGCGUGCUGCUUCGCUUCACCGUCGAUCUGCUGCCGGUGCGGACGGAACUGAGCGCGCUGCUGUGCGGUGCGUUCGGUGUGUUCACCUUCGUCGCCUGCCUGUUCCUGCCCGAGUCGGCCCAGUACUUGAGUGCGGUGGGGCGUCCGGCACACGCCACCGCCACGCUCCAGCGGACGCACGGAACGGACCACGCCACGCAGCAGGCGAUGCAGGAGCUGCUCGAGCGCUGGCAGCAGCGCUCGAGUCCUGCCGGGCCGCCCUGCGGUCUGCUGGAGGCGGUCCGCCGCCAGGGUAACCUGACGCUGCUCUUGCCACUGCUGGCCCUCUUCGCGUUCCAGGCCUGCGUCGGAGCCGUUCCGCUGCUGUUCUACCUGAGCGACGUCCUGGAGCUGAUCGGUGUCAACGGGCACACCGGCCACGGGCUGUUCGGUGGCCAAGCGGCGGCCGCCGCCCUGCUGGCGGCCGUCUUCACCGCUACCGGCCCGCUCCUCGGGUGGCUGCUACGGCACCGGUUGCAGGCCGGCAACUACCCGCACCGGGUGCUGCUCCUUACCAGCACCCUGCUGAUGGCGCUCGCCAUGCUCGCCCUCGGCUGGCAGUGCCACGUCCGCGGUACCCACUCGCCGUCUCCGCACGUCCCCGCACCGGCGGCCCACCAGAACGGGCCACUGAUCGCGCUCGCCCUCUACUACACCUGCUACGCCGUCGGUUUCCACCGGCUGCCGGGGAAGCUGCUGGACGCGGAGCUGGACGACGAGGAGCUGCGGUUCCCGCUGCACACCCUCGCCACCGUCAUCAGCUGGGGCACGGUGUACGUGGCGGUGCGGCUCCUGCCGGUGCUCCUGCGCGCCAUCGGCAUCGGGUGGCUGUUCUGGAACGUGGCCCUCGUCGCCCUGUUCGCGGUCGUCGUGCUCAUCGUCAGCCUGCCGUCCGGCGGUGACUGCGACCACCACCACCACCCGCACCGGCGACCGACCUGCCGGCCGUGUGCGAGACCCUGCCCUCACUGUGUGUACAGCUCACAGUGUGUGGAUGUGGCCCUACCUGUGGAUGCCAAGCCGUCGAACGUCUGACACCCGGCAACAAUUUGCGUGCGUCAAUUUCUUUCGCAGUGACUACUUAUUGUAGCCUUUUUGUUAUACUUACCACACCACAGGGACACCAAACAUGUACACCUCAAUAAAUGUAAGAGUUGUAAGGCUAAAACAGAAAUCCUGUGGUCCCGUGAUCGAUACAAACCAUUUCAAGUAAAUAUGCUCCUUAUCAAGCUGACACAAUCGCACUAAAAAAAAAACUUCCAUUCGAUUUGUAAGUUACAAGAUGUUAACAUGGAAGUCAGCACUGAGCAAAAUUCGGCACAUUUAACAAUGUAUAUUUGUGGUGGGACUUGGAAGAAACCAUUCGGUGUACACUCUGU